AUGAGUGCCAGUGAUUCCUUCCAUGAUCGAGCUGCAUUCGAACUACCACCGUUUUCACAUGUCUUUCAUUCGUCGUUUUUCGUACCAUUUCUUACCUAUUUCGCCGUUUUUCGACUUGCUAGUCUAUUUGUGAAAACCUAUAUGUGGCAGAAUUAUACCGGCUUCAAGAAGUACCGUCUACAGAAUUUAUCGAUCUGUCUUCUUCAUUCUAUGAUCUCGGGUUUGUGGUCAACUUUGUUCUUUUUCACUCAUGUUAGAGAGAUGUUCGAAAACGUUAUUCAUUGGUAUGAGCCUUGGGCCGCUCAUCUGCCGAUACUUUCUAUAGCUUACUUUGUGCAUGAUGCACUCGACAUGAUGAACCAUGAGUGGUCCAGAUGGACUGUUGAGUUGCUCCUACAUCAUAUUGCUACCUGCUUUGCUUUGCUCAGUGGCCUUCUUCCCCAGAAAUUCCUACUCGCAAACUACUGGGCACUCCUUAUGGAAGGUAACAGCAUAUUUCUACACACACGUACGAUAAUGCAAAUAUCAGGGCUGUCCUUACAGCAACCGGAUGUUUUCAAGAGGGUCGUUCGCUGCAAUAUUGUAUCCUUCGUGAUUUGUCGAUUCUUGUCACAAGCGUUAUUCGUACGCUGGGCUGUGUCACACAUCUACAAAAUGCAUCCUUUCUAUGUGGGCAUCGCAUUGGGUGGACCAGCUGUAUUCCUAGUCAUCAAUGGCAUGCUGUUCUUCAGAGUUCUAGUCUCAGAUGGAUUUCUGGAUCAAAGAUGGAGGAAGAAAGCGGCUAUUAACAGGGACGACAACAGAGAAGUCUCCAAGGGAAAAGACGACAAAUUAUUGUGA